AUGUCUGGAAACAGUGCUGCAAAUGCAGCUGCAUUGGCUGCAUUUAAUGGCAUUGGAAAGAAGAAGAAAGAAUCUACGACAAAAUUAAAUGGAACAGACAAUAACACGAAUCAUCUUGGUGUAAUUGGAAGUACCUCAAAUCAAACCAAACAACAUCAACAACAGCAACAACAGCCUCAAGCGCUACGGACCCCACUUCCUGCCCAUCCGUCAAGAAAAAAGAGUAAUAAAUUUUCACAGCUCAAAAGACUAAAUACAGCUCCUGCCAUGGCCUCUCUUCAGCCAGCUUUGCAAAUUGCACUGCCGUCAAUAAGCCCGACUCAACCUUCAGCUCCAGCGUCGGCUUUGGAUUCAGACCCUGAUUAUUUUACACUUCUGCCACAUACAAUCCCAUCUAAAAAUGAAAUUGCAAAAUCUCCUCAAACACCUCAAGAUAUGAUUAGGAAUGUAAGACAAUCAAUAGAGUUAAAAGCAAUACCCAAUAAUGCACAGGCUAAACGGCUUUCUGUGGAUUACUCGCCACAAGAAAUGUUAAAGAAUUUGCGGCAUUCAUUGCAUUCAAGAACAAAAACAUCGCCAAUGUUAACAACCAGUGAUAAAAUGGGGCAAACAAUGUUGGCUGAGAUGAGAGACAGACUUGAGAAUACCCGGAGAAUCGCUUCCAACAGUGUCGCUAGUUUAUCGUUAUCUCCUAACUUGGAUUUUAAUAAAAGUACUAGCGACGUAAGUAACUUGAGUCAUCACUAUGAUGUCGACACGGUGUCCACAGAUUCUUUUGCUUCUUUUAACUCAAGCAUUAAUGAUCGACAUCUACCACACGGAAUAAGCAUUGACGUCACAAAUCAUGAUAGUGAUGAGGACGAAAUUGAUGACAGAGAAAGGGAGGAGGACCAUGAACCAUUAGAUAAUGGUGAAUUGAAAAGUACAAAUAAUAAGGUGACAGUUUCUAGUCGUCUUCGGAGGAAACCGCCGCCUGGAGAAGACUUUCAAAUGCAGUUAAAUGACAAAUCGCGAGAUACUAUUUCAAGUGGAUCGUAUUCUCUAAACCCUGAUGAAGUCUACUCUUUUACAGACCCCGAUCUGUACGAGAAUUUGGUAUCUGAGGUGGAAGUUGGAGAAACAACCAGGCUUUUCCCACAAUUUCCAGACGCAAAUCAUUAUCAUCAACACAGUUCAAAGUUUCGGAAAAAACAUCAGAAAGUAAAACCAAUUAAUGGGAUUUACUAUCGUGAUAUGGAUCUGAGUAACACCAGUGACACUGAAGAGUCUACCAGCAAUCUUCCACUGAGAUCAACAACGCCAUUACUUGGACAACCACAACAGCAAGUGCAUUUCAGAAGCACGAUGAGAAAAGCAAAUACUAAAAAGGACAAAAAAUCAAGGUUUAAUGAGUUGAAGCCAUGGAAGAAUCAUAAUGAUCUUAAUUAUUUAACUGAUCAGGAGAAAAAGAGGUACGAGGGGAUUUGGGCUAGUAACAAGGGAAAUUAUAUGAGUCAAGUGGUGAUCAAAUUACACGGGGUUAAUUAUGAGACGCAGAAGGAUCCCAAAGAGGAAGCUAAAAUGGAGCACUCGAGAACAGCUGCAUUGUUAUCUGCGGCUGCUGUUGAAGACAGUAAUUAUAAUGGUAACAACAGCUUACACAAUUUGGAUUCGGUCGAAAUUAACCAAUUAAUUUGUGGGCCUGUGGUAAAGAGAAUAUGGAAACGUAGUAGGUUGCCUAGUGAUACAUUAGAGAAAAUAUGGAACUUGAUUGAUUUUCGACGAGAUGGUACAUUGAAUAAGAAUGAAUUUUUAGUGGGCAUGUGGUUGGUGGAUCAGUGUUUAUAUGGAAGAAAAUUGCCAAAAAAAGUCGAUAAUGUCGUUUGGGAUAGUUUAGGUGGAAUUGGUGUUAAUGUCACUGUUAAAAAGAAAAAAUAA